AUGAAAAGUUAUACACAAAGUCUUUUUUUCACGGGGAUAUUUACACUUAUAUUCUUUACAAUUAUUGUUUCGGCGGCUCCAUAUCAACGAUGUCGAGAAGAAGGACAUGUGGAAUUUUUUCCAGACUUUAAUAAAGAUUCUUUAUUUGGAUUAAUUACAUUUUACCAACAUAAGCAUGAAAAUAAAGUAAUUGUUGAUGGAAUAUUCGCUACAGAUAUUGGAGUUGAAGGAAUUAAAACUUCGGAUGGAAAAUCCCGAUAUACAGCCGAAUUAUAUAAUGAGAAUGAAGAAAUGAUAUUUGAUUUGACUUCACCUGUAUUUGAUAAUGCCAUUCAACUGGUUACAACCGAAAAGCAACUUACUAAUCUUCAAAUUUGCGGUGACGAAGGUGUUAUAGCUUAA